GAAGAAAGCAGGCAAGAGCAAGAAGUCAAUGACACCCAUUAGCUAUGGCUCAGAUGAUGAGAGGGCCUAUGAGAAUGAGAAGGUUCCUGAUAAAAGAAGUAGAGAUUUUAUGUAUGAUGAAAUUGAUGAAUUUCAUGCAGAGAGAGACAAGGUGCUCUUGGAUAAAGGGACUGAAUUGAGAGGACCUGCUGGAUCAGACCAAGAGGAAGAGUUCAUGCCCCUGGCUGAUGAUGACAGCGAUGAUGAUGUCAUAGAUAAGCGCCUAGCUGCCACAUUGGAAAGGUUUCAGGCCCAGGGAAGACAGGAUGAUAUGGCAAGUGAUGUAGAAGAUGAAGAACAAAAGUUUGAUGACAAAGCGUGGGGCACCACCAAGAAUAAAUACUAUGGGGCAGAUGUAGAUGAAGAAGACCUAGAUGUCAGUGGUUCAGAUGUUGAGGCUGCAGCUGAGAUGGAGGAACAAGAAGCUCUUGCCUUUCAGAGGAAGAUGGCUGACAACCUUGAUGAUGACGACUUUGGGCUUGAAAUAUUCAAGGUAGAUGAGACUGAGAAAACAGAAGCUGGUGUUGAAAAGCAAAUCGUUAAAAAAGAUCUUUCCAAACUAUCAAAGAAGGAGAAAAUACAGCUUUUAAAAAAAGAAUCCCCAGAACUACUACCCCUGAUUGAAGAGUUCAAAUCAAAACUAGGAGAAGUGACAUCCACACUUCAGCCUCUGGUGACCCUGAUUAAGAAUGGCAACAUACCCCCUGGAAAUGGUGCAGAUUUCAUCAUGACAAAAUAUACCCUCUACAUGAACUAUUGUGUAAAUAUCAGUUUCUACAUGAUGCUCCAGGCCAAGAAGAUUCCAGUACAUAACCACCCUGUCAUCAAGCGCCUCGUACAGUAUAGAAAUCUACUGAAACAGCUUGAACCCAUUGAUGCACAAUUGGCACCUAAGGUAGAGAGAGUGCUCACUAAGCUCAGCAAUGGAGAAGAGAUCAGACCUCGUCAAUCAAUGGAGGAUACAGUCAAGGAAAGAGUGAACAGACUCAUGAAGAGAGAGAGGAAACAAAGCAAGACGAAGCUUAAAGGCAAGGUUGAAAAAAAAUUGUCGGAGCUUGUGAGCUCUUCAGAUGAGGAGAUAGAAGAUGAAAUAGCAGCUCCAACUGGAGGCAGAACUCAUGGACGUAAACGUAAACCUGGAGAAGUAUAUGAGACCAAUGAUGAGAAGGAGGCCCUGGAGUAUUAUAACAUGAUGAAAUCAGGGAAAGUUCCAAGAGGGGAGGAUGCAAUACUGGAGGAAAGUGAUGUGGUGGGAGAGGACAGGAUGAUGGAAGAAGAGGAGGAUGUCGAGGAAGAUGGAAAGAGAGGAAUCACCAGACAGAUUGAAAAGAACAGAGGUUUGACUCCAAACAGGAAGAAAGAGAAUAAAAAUCCGAGAGUGAAAAACAGGAUUAAAUACAGGAAAGCCAAGAUCAGGAGGAAGGGUCAGUUGCGAGAGUACAAACCAGAGAUGGAGAAAUAUGGUGGAGAAAUAUCUGGAAUACGUGCUGGACUCAAACGCAGUGUAAAACUCAAGUAGGGCUAGUUAA